UAGCGGCCCGCGGCCUGUGUGUGUUUGCAUGUGCAGCGCGGACCGGUUGCAGCGCGGCCUGUCCUGGUACGGCCUCUUCAAGCAUUACUACUCGGACCUGGGUCGCUACAUUCAGCACUACGCGGUGCUGAAGAAAGCCUGGGAGCAGCUGAAGAGCUUCCUGCAGCAGCGAUGUCCUCGGAUGAUCGUUUCGCUCAAAGAUGGCGCCACAGAGGGGGAACUGGACGACAUAGAGGCUCAGAUCGGCUGUAAGCUUCCCGAUGAUUACCGCUGCUCCUACCGGAUCCAUAACGGCCAGAAGCUGGUGAUCCCGGGGCUGAUGGGCAGCAUGUCGCUCUCCAACCAUUACCGCUCUGAGGUCCUGCUGGACGUGGAGACGGCGGCCGGAGGCUUCCAGCACAGGAAAGGAAUGAGGCGCUCCCUGCCGCUCACCUUCUGCUUCCACACCGGCCUUAGCCAGUACGUGGCGCUGGAGGACGCCGAGGGACGCAAGAAAGGAGAGAGCUUCUACCCGUGCCCUGAUCAGACGGCUCAGGAUCCCUCCGCCAUCGACAUGUUCAUCACAGGCUCCAGCUUCUUGGACUGGUUCAGCACCUACGUCAACAACGUGGUUACAGGAGAAUAUCCCAUCAUCAAAGACCAGAUCUUCAGGUACACGCACGAGAAAGGCUGCGUGGCGACCACCGGCGACAUCACCGUCUCCGUCUCUACCUCCUUUCUCCCCGAGCUGUCGUCCGUCCACCCGCCGCACUUCUUCUUCACUUACCGCAUCAGGAUAGAAAUGUCCAGAAGCGCCUCCACUAAGGCCGCCUGUCAGCUGGACAGCCGUUACUGGAAAAUCACCACUUCCGAUGGAAACGUGGAGGAGGUUCAGGGUCCCGGCGUGGUCGGAGAGUUCCCGGUCAUGACGCCCGGAAAGGUGCACGAGUACGCCAGCUGCACCACCUUCUCCACGCCGUCAGAGUUCAUGGAGGGUCACUACACCUUCCACAGGCUAGCCAACAAGGAAGAGGUUUUCCAGGUGGCCAUCCCUCGCUUCCACAUGGUCUGUCCUCCUUACAGAGAGCCGGCGUCUCGGACGGCUUCGACCAGCCACACGACUCCCUACGACGACGGGGAAGACGGCGACGACGACGACGGGGAUCAAGGCAGAGGAAGGUUAGGCGGUCUGAGAGGCAUCAGCGCCUCCGCCCUGGAGGGCUCCCGCUGCCCCCGCUUCACCUGACCUCCAGACGUAGAGCCAUGAACUCAAACUGAAUCACUUGAACUUCCAGUUGCCAAAUACCACGUGGGUGCGGCGCUUUCAGGAAAAGCUUCUUGGUUCCUUUUAGAUUUUUGUGAAGAAGAGCUGCAGAGAUUCAUCAUCUCAUGUCAAAGAUCGUCUAAAACAUCUUUAUUCCUGAUCCAGACAACA